AUGCGCGGGGCGGGCAGCGGGCUGACGAGAGCCGGCGGCGGGACGCUUGAGUGCUGAGGAGCCGGCGGGGCUGGUGGCUGAGAGCAGUACAACUAAAUAUGAGGCGAUCAGCGGCUCCAAGUCAAGUGCUAGGAAAUGUAUCCAAAAAGCCAAGGUUUAUACCACCAGGAAAAAAUAACACACUUUGUCUCAAGAGUGAAACUAAGGAGAUGGACCAAGAAAUGCAAUUGAAGGAGAAGAGAAAUGAGAACCAGAAUCAAAAUGUAAAUUUUACACAGUCUGUGGAGUCAGCUGGAAAAGGAAAGGCUACCAAAGCAUGUUUCGGUGUUAAUAAGAGUAGCAAGGUGGAAAUGAAAACAUCAAAUACGCCCAAAGCUGAACCUCAGCCUGCGAGCAUGGGGCACUGCUCUGCAUCAGCAGACUCUGAGAUGCACUGUAUGUGCCAACAUCAGGGACAGCAAAGGAAGAAGCAGCUCAGGAAGAACCUGACUGCCUUGUGAAAUAUUUCAGUGUUGUGUGGUGUAAGGCAUCAAAGAAAAAGCACAAGAAGUGGGAAGGUGAUGCUGUUCUUAUUACAAAAGGAAAGUCAGUAAUAUUGAAAGAUAUGGAAGGCAAAGACAUUGGAAGAGGUACUGGAUAUAAACUUAAAGACCUAGACAGUCUUGAUGAAGGUCAAACACUGAUGGUUGGAGGAAAAGAAAUUGAAGUGAUGGGUGUUAUUUCAGCAGAUGACUUCAGCAGUGGCAGGUGUUUUCAGGCCGGAAUAGGAACUCAUGAUGCAGUCCCAACUGCUUUAUCUCAAACUAAUAUGAAACCAUUCUGUAAACCAUUCAAAAGUGUCUGUCAACCCAAAACAAAAGAGAAUAUGCUCAAAGAUUCUCAAAGCUGCAAACCUCGCCACGAUCCAAAUGCUCCAAAUGCUCUAGUUAUGCCAAGACCAAAUGCAAGUCAUCAGUGGACGUUCAAUAAUGCUGGCUUACCCAUGGUGGAUGUAGUUGUAGAUCCUUACGUUGCAAAUAACCUCCGACCACAUCAGAAAGAAGGAAUUACAUUCCUAUAUGAAUGUGUAAUGGGAAUGAGAGUUAGUGGAAGAUUUGGAGCUAUUCUUGCUGAUGAAAUGGGCUUAGGAAAAACCUUGCAAUGCAUUGCACUUGUCUGGACUCUUCUGCGUCAAGGGGUCUAUGGAUGCAAACCUGUACUAAAGCGAGCACUAAUUGUCACCCCUGGGAGUCUGGUAAAAAACUGGAAAAAAGAAUUUCAGAAGUGGCUGGGAAGUGAAAGGAUCAAAGUCUUUACAGUUGAUCAGGACCACAAAGUGGAAGAAUUCAUCGCUUCUCCACUUCAUUCAGUUAUGAUAAUCAGUUAUGAGAUGCUACUGCGAUCUUUGGAUCAAAUUCAGGCUAUAGAAUUUAACCUCCUAAUCUGUGAUGAAGGACAUCGUCUGAAAAAUAGCUCUAUUAAGACAACUACAGCCCUCACUAGUCUGUCUUGUGAGAGGAGAAUUAUCCUUACUGGUACUCCAAUCCAAAAUGAUUUGCAAGAAUUUUAUGCAUUAAUAGAGUUUGUGAAUCCAGGAAUACUUGGUUCUUUAUCCACAUAUAGAAAGAUAUAUGAGGAACCAAUUGUCAGAUCUAGGGAACCUUCAGCAACAAAGGAAGAAAAAGAAUUAGGAGAAAAAAGAGCAGCUGAACUCACACGCCUCACUGGACUCUUUAUUCUAAGAAGAACACAGGAGAUAAUAAACAAAUUUCUGCCCCCCAAAAAGGAGAACAUAAUCUUCUGCCGACCAGCAGCACUGCAACUUGAAUUGUAUCGAAAACUGCUUAGCUCUCGAGUUAUUAGGUCCUGUCUACAAGGCAGGCUAGAAAACAGUCCUCAUCUAAUAUGUAUAGGAGCUUUGAAAAAACUUUGCAAUCAUCCAUGUCUUCUGUUUAAAGCUAUAAAGGAAAAAAGUUGUGAUCCUGUGGCUGAUGAACACGAUGAGUCCAGCCUCUAUGAAGGUUUAAUAGAUGUCUUUCCACAAGAUUAUACUUCAGACACUUUCUCUGAAACGGAUUCAGGAAAAUUGCAGGUGCUGGUGAAACUGUUGGCUGCAAUCCAUGAGCUCAACUCUUCAGAAAGGGUCGUACUGGUAUCCAAUUACACACAGACAUUGAACAUAUUACAAGAGACAUGCAAACGUUAUGGAUAUUCUUAUACUAGACUUGAUGGACACACUCCUGUCUCCCAGAGACAACAGAUUGUUGAUGCUUUUAAUAGUAAAUUCAGUCCAGCUUUUAUCUUUUUGCUGAGUUCAAAGGCUGGUGGAGUAGGACUGAAUCUUGUCGGAGCAUCUCAUUUGGUCCUGUAUGAUAUCGACUGGAAUCCUGCUACAGAUAUUCAGGCAAUGGCUAGAGUGUGGAGAGAUGGUCAGAAACAUACUGUACAUAUCUACAGACUGCUAACCACAGGCUCAAUAGAAGAAAAGAUUUAUCAAAGACAGAUCAGCAAACAAGACCUUUCUGGGGCAGUUGUAGACCUUUCCAAGACAUCUGAACACAUCCAUUUUUCCAUUGAGGAGCUUAGAAAUCUCUUUACUCUUCAUGAAAAUUCCAGCUGUGUUACCCAUGAUUUGCUUGAGUGCGACUGUAUGGGAAAGAAGGACCACCAAAAUCCUUCCUCAGAAAAUCUUUCUGUAUCCAGAAGUUGUCAGCUUGGACAAAACCAUGGGAAGUCUAAUUCAAAGAAACCACUCUCCAUGUCACAGUUGAUGCAAUGGAAACAUUUCUCUGGGCAACAUCAGACUCUCGCUGAUCCUUUUCUUGAAAGGAUAAAAGAGAAUGUUUCUUUCAUUUUCCAGAAUGUAACCAGUCCAACUUCCCCCACCUAAUAAAACUGAAGUGUCUUUCCUGA